AUGGCGGCCACAAGCAGAGGCGCAUUCGCCGUUCUAGGGCGUCUUCAAACAGCAUCCCCCAGACUCUGCCGGCAAUGCGCUAGAGUCCAGAUCAGAGCUCCCUUGCGGGCCUACUCAGGCGCCGCCGCCGCCGCCGCAUCGACGACGACGACCACCCCUCCGGGCCCCCCGAACCCGCCCACCAUCCCCCCCGAGCCCAAGCCCGCGGCCCCGAAGGAGGCCGGCCCCGGCGGCUACCGCAUCAAGUCGGGCGUCGUGGUGACCCGCGCCCCGCUCCUCACGCGGCCCCUGACGGACUUCGAGCAGGCCUACUUCUUCUACCAGAAGCGCCUCAACGAGCGGCUCGCGCUGCCCUUCAUCACCUCGGUCUACUUCAAGCCCGACACGCCGGCGCUGAUCGACUGGAACAUGAAGGUCAAGGACCGCCAGGGCACGGUGGCCAAGGAGCUGGGCGUGUACAACGGCAAGGCGUCCAAGGCGUGGGACGACGAGCUGCUCGUCGGCGACGGGCUGAGCGGGCAGGACGCGGCGGUCGACCUGCUGCUGAAGGACGCCGUGAUGCGCGUCAGCGACGACGCCGAGAUCAUCCCGGAGGAGGACCGCGCGCCUCCCGAGAAGCUGCAGCCGCGCGCGAGCGAGGCGGACGCCAAGGGGGACAAGACGAGGCUGGACCGGGCCAUGGACCGGACGCUGUACCUCGUCGUGAAGAAGGGCGACGUGUGGGAGUUCCCCGCGGCGGGGCUCAGCACGCAGGAGAACCUGCACGAGGGCGCCAAGCGUGUGCUCGCCAACACGGCCGGCGUGAACAUGAACACGUGGAUGGUCGGCCGGAGCCCGGUGGCGCACCACGUGCCGGAGCCGGUGGUGAAGGAGGACGGCGUCGUGGAGCGGUCCAAGACGUUCUUCCUCAAGUUCCGGAUCAUGGCGGGCCAGGCGGACGUGGCGGCCAACAAGUACGGCUACGAGGCGUUCCGGUGGCUGACGAGGGAGGAGCUGAAGGAGACGCUGCCGUGGGAGUACUACCACAGCAUACGCAACAUGUUGGCCGACAGGUGA